AUGCGGCAGUUCUCGGAAAAAGAAGAGGAUGAGGGUUCUGCGAGGGUCGUUGAUCAUGAGGAACUGAAGUUGUCAUCAAAAAGUCGCCUAUCAAGCCCCUCUGCACUCAAGCUUGCUGAGGGUGCUCUCCCGACGGCAUCAUCAAAGCCAUUAAUCAUAAACCGUCUUCCACAAAGCACAAUUCAGCACCCGCAUUUCUCCAAACUCUCCUCCUCUCCAUCGUCCACUCGAGACGGAUCAUCUCCCCGCUACACACCCUCGUCCACCUCCAUCCCACAAACACAUGUCAAGUUACACAUAUCGAGCCUCUCGUCCGUGUGA